CAGCAGUUAUCGUUAGCUUACUUUGUGGAGCAGCAGGACGCUACUUUGACAGUUGAAGCCGCACAGAUGGAGCUGUCGGCGAUUGGAGAGCAAGUGUUCGCCGUGGAAUCCAUCGUCAAGAAAAGAGUUAGAAAGGGAAACGUGGAGUAUCUGCUCAAAUGGAAAGGAUGGCCUCCAAAAUACAGCACCUGGGAGCCUGAGGAGCACAUCCUGGACCAGCGCUUGGUGCAGGCCUUCGAAGAGAAAGAACAGAGAGACCGAGCUGUGGGUCACAGGAGGAAAGGAUCCAAAGCCAAAAGACUCCUUUUGGAGAACACCGUCUACACCAUGGAUCUCCGCAGCGCUCACAAGACUCCAGAGAAACCUCCGCCUCGCCUGAGACUCUCCCUGACUCGCUCUCUGGUUUCCGAAGAUGAGGAUCAGCCAUACAGUGUCCACAGGCGGGACCCUCACCCACAUCUGGCACAUCAGAAAAGUAGUAGGUCGCAGUUCAGAUGCCUUAACUCCAACUCUCCAAGUCCCACACAAGAGGACUGGGAAGGGUGGGGAGACGAGGAAGAGGAGGAAGAGGAGGAGGAGAACAAUGCAGAAGAUGAUGAAGAUAGAGAAGAGGAGGAGGAGGCUCAGAAGGAGACAGCAAAGAUGAGAGACAGCGUUUUAAAUGGGCAGGAGAGGACAGACGACUGGAGCUCCGCCGUCAGACCGGUCCAGGUUACUACAGCAGAAAAGCUGGACGACGUCUGGAGACCCGUCAUCGGUCCAGGAGAGGUGACGGUCACAGACGUCACCCUCAACUCCCUCACAGUGACUUUCCGAGAGUCAAGAGUGGCCAAAGGGUUCUUCAGAGACUGGGGCCUGGAGGUGUGAAGGCACUGUGGUGGGAGCAGGCGGGCAGUGAAGGCACCGUGAGAGGGAGGCGGAGGCACUGACUUAAUCACAGUGUGUGAACGGUGGUCGAGGGUUUGGUGUUUUCACUCCACUUUUCCCUCUCUCUCUCUCUCUGCUCCUCCAUUGCUAGCUACUUCCAGCUUGGUGAGUGGUAUGUUUACAUGCACAGAGUCACCUGAGUAUAAACUGAGCUCCAGGGAGUGUCUUAUUUAGGUUGAUCUGAUCACUUCAUGCAGCAGAAUUGACUUUCCUGAAUUCAAAUGGCGUCAGAUACCUGUAACUGGUUGUUACUUCUCUUGGUGACCAAAGAAAAUGGAAAAAGACAAACAGCCAACUGCAAUCUGUAGUUAGUUCAAAUGACAUUUCCUCCACAGAGAGGAACUGAUUUGGUAACAGUUUUAACCGAAACAUCUGGUGAAGCGACAGUAAUGUUUAUCACAACACUAAAUACUGGAUUAAUCUGUUUUGGCUUUGUUUUAUCUGUAAAACAAAAUGUGCAACCCCCAAAGGCAGAGAACCAAAUGUGAAGAAGGCGCAGACUUUGUCUAAGAAUAGUACUGAAUUAGCAGAAUGAAAGCUAGCAGACAGAUAGCGUCAGCCGCUGGAAUCUUUAGUUGUCAAAGAAUUUAAAACAUGAGCUGGUGAAGUCAUUUCCUCUGACCUUAAACAGGACACAUCAUUAAGUGGGUUUUGAGAGCCACAACUCUCACACUCACUAAGAAAUCUUGGAAUUGUAGAAUUGGUAUUGGUGGAAAAAAUGCAAAUAAUUAACAUUUCCACCUUAAAGGUACCCUGUAGAUUUUCUUUAAAGCAAUCAUGAUCACUUAAGUUUAGUUUCUUUCCUUAAGGUUAACUAAAUUAUGUGAAGAUACAUUUUUUUAUUUUGACUUAAACCAUUUGAAUAGACAGUUAUUUUACAGUAGUAACAUCUGGAUUUGCAUCUGACAGCUUUCUUUCAUUUACUGGUAAGUUUUUUUUUUUUUUGUCCAUUACCUCCACUUGUAAAUCAGUGGAAUAGAAACCAGCUGCAUGAGUGUGUCUCACAUGCAUGUGGAUGAAUGUGUGCAAUAGGUCUGGACAAUUUGUUGAAAAUAUCUAAUCAUGAUUUUUCUGACAGAUGUUGGGAUUUAAUUUAACAUAUAGUCUUCUAAAGUCAAGCUUCAGUUCAGUAUUCAUCGUGUACAAUGUGAUGGCACAUUACCACAAGAGACACCACCAAAAGUGUGAUUCACACAAAGAGAAUGGUAUGACUUUAUGAAACUACUGACACAGCAGUUUAAACCCUGGAUCUGCAAAAUGUCUGAGAUGUGGCUGUUAAAUAAUUAAACUGAGCUUACGUCAGUCGAACCACAGCGUGCCUGCCUGAACCACAUAGUAAACACUGAUCAAUGGACAAGCAUUAACAGCCUUUAGAAGUUUUAAUCUGCUUGAAUUAAAUGAAACUAAAAUACAGCAUUAGUCUUAUUAUUUAAUAGCCACAUCUUAUUCAAUAUUACAGCCUCUUGCGAUUGCAUUGUUUCAAAUUGAGAUUUUGAUUGAAAUGAAUUGUUCAGCCCUCAUGUGCGAGUUUGUUCAUGUUCAUGCAUCUGUAUUAGAUACAAGAAGAAACCUCCUCCUCAAAACAUUUCUUCCUAAAGCUAGAGGAAACUCCACCAGGUACCUUAAAUCACUUAACAGAUUGAGCAUCAUUUUGCCAUGUCAGAUUAGCAGACUAAAUGAGCUCACAUGAAUUUCAGUCUUGAAAGACGGUAUAUAAAUGAUGAAUGUAGUUACUGUGACGUCAUUCACCAGAUUGUGGACUGACAUUAUAAAGGCUUGAGUUUGGAAUUUGGCCAUCGUCGUCGUGCUCUUUUGAAACCACAUGUGACUUAAGGGACAAUCGAACUGAGACUCGAGUACAACACACACGUUAGUGACUUGUUGAUCAUAAGGUAACCCCACCUUAAAAUGUUCCCAUUUAUUGUCUGUUUUAAUCUAAAUGGAAACAUAAUUUACCAAAUGAACUUCAUGCUGCAUUGAAGCAGACUUGAAACUAAUAAUUGAGUUCAUAAACUCAUUAGGAAAAUGUUUGUGGAGGUAAUAAAUCAAGGAGAAGCAGGGUCAUUUUCUUACAGAUUCUAUACAGCCUCACUUCUUUUUACACAGAGAGCAGUCGCCCCCUGCUGGUUGUUAGAAAGAAUGCAAGCUUGCAGCAUUUAUCUUUGGCUUCACUUUUCAGACCUGGGGGCAUCGUUCAUCUUUUAUACAUAAUCUGUGGUUAAAAUCCUUACUCUAAACAUUAUUUUACUAUUAGGUAUAGUGGUUUGAAAAUAUAAAGUAGCACAAAACUGGAAGUUUUAAAAAUCAGCACUUGAACAGUUGUACUUAGUUACUUGGAGUAAAGAAUACUAAGGAGGUAAUAUUAAUAAUCAUGUAAAGAUAUAUUAAGUGUCCUCUGUGCAUGUAAACCUGCCACUGUUUGUUGUCUCUCUUUCACACUAAACUAACCAUACUGGAUCUUGUACAUACUGCAGACUACGGUGAGGUGGGAAUAGCUGUGAGUCCCAUACUAACACGCAGUGCUGUACCUGUAACCUGUAAACACAUAGACUGUUACUACUGUACAACAUGUGGCUUAGUCUUGUAUGCGUUUCAAACUCCUCCGAGAGACGAUUUGAUCCGCCUGCAUGCCUUUCUCCUCCAGUACAGUCAAUGCAAAGACAGACAGUGUAGUCGUCUCCGUACACGUAGUUCUUCAUCUCAAAGUAUACAGCCCAUCAUACCAGUGACAAAUGAAUCUUGCACCAAAAUUAGAAAGUAGAGAGACUUGAUGACGGAAUGUAUAAUGAAAUUGCACUGUUGAGUUUGUGUCCACUGGGUUGAAGAUUGACCAGCAGAUUUUUAAAGUCACGAAUACUUGAUAUUACAUACCAGUAUUCAGUAGCUUUUAAUCAGAUCAAAUCAUGUCAAGAAUGACAAGGAUUCAGUGUUUCUCCCCAAGGAAAAUCCUCAUUAAGGAGAUUACCGGACAAUAAAACUCUCCACUAAAAGCCAGACAAAGACAUUUAGUUUUAUUACUUCUGUAGCACUUGAACUACAAAUCACAAAGUUUGCAGGACAGACAACUCUUUUCUAAAACACACCAAAGUCUGACAGAAGGACAAUGUUUUCAGUUAACUGACCAUCAGCUGGCCGGCCUGAACUUUCAAUAAAAUAGGCAACUCCUCACAGUUUACAAUCAUCUAAUGAAGUUGCGACGAGCAGAGUUUUACCAACAGACCUCGUUGCAUUUGAUCGAUAACAGACUAAGAAGAGUGAAUGUUCCCUGGGAACAUAUCCAUGUACCUAGUCCAGUGCUCAGCUGUCAGGAAAAUGUGGACGUUGAAUCUUCUGUGAUACUGACUGAAAAGUAGAGUUUUUUCCUGACCCUGGAUGCAACCAUCCAUCAGCUGCGUCUGCGUUAUCCUGACCCUGGCUUAGAGAGUUCACCCUGGACAGGUUGCCAGUCUACCAAAGAGCUAACAGAUAUAGACAGCAAUGAACAACCACACAUACAGCCAAUUAACCAUCAGUUAUCAGUUGUACCGAUAUAUUAAUCGAAUACAGGCUUAUUCCAUCUCAAAUCACCAGAGGCCUUCUGCUCAACCAUUUCUGAUUUGUUUGAAACCUUUUAAUGUAUGAAUAUUUAACCCCUUGACGCCCAUUGUCGCGAUUUCACAUCAUACCGCUUUCAUUCCGACUGCAGCCAAGAUAGUGUAUCCAUUCCCCCAGUGCCGGUUUGUGCAUAUUCAAUACGUACCUUGGAACCUUUUGCAAGCACUGGUUUCUCGUAGGACGGGUCGGAGUGGGACCUAAUUAUUAUAUAUCUGUUAUUAUAUAUCUGCUGUAUGUGUAAUAGAUAAAUUAACAAUCUCCACUUAUUUUAGCAUCAGCUGGAAAGCAAAAACACACAAAAAAUAUUUUUUAUUUAAUUGUAAAUUAAUUCAGGCAUCAAGGGGUUAAAAUGGUAUCUUUGAAACUGUAAAUUUAUAAAUCAAGUACUUUCCAAGAUAUUUUUUAAAAAGCCCAUCAACCCACUUUUAGCACACAUAAACAACAAAGUUAUAUUCUUAGUUAUACUUUGAAAACCAUUUUGUCUCUGUGGUACAACUUUUCAUAGCUGCUCAAUAAGUUCUGAAAUUCAUUCAAAAUAACUAUUUUCAAUUUUGUGACCUCAUAUUCAAUGUUAAGAAGUAUUGUGUAUGUCUCAAUUUGUAACUGCAUGUGGUUCAAAAAAUAUCACCAGCUGACUUUUGCAUCACCAGUUUUUUUGUUAAUGCGUGCUCAGCUAUUUUUUUAAAAAAAUAUUUUAACUUACCUAUCAUCAAAGACUAUUUUAUCUACUUGUCCAGUGUUGCACAUUUUAAAUCAGUGGUAUCAGGUGAAAUAUGUGAAAGUUUCAGGCUUUUGUGUGAAAGAGUUCUUGCGAUAUUGUCGUUCAAACAUUGACUGAAAUUUCAUUGCAGGACAAAAACCGUGCUGAAAGUGGGUAGACAGGCUGUUAAAAUGUAGACAAGAAAAGCAUUCAGAGAGCGCAGCACUCCACCAAGGCUGCUCAGUCAUUGUAUCUUUUCUGACAGAUGAAAUCUUGAAAAUAUUUGUGGCAGAAAUCACGGUACUAUAGAAUGUGGUCAUUUAAUAUAGAUGUACCCACAAACAAAAUGACUUUGCGCUGAGCACAGGCGUGUGUUAUGCAUGUGUACGUUAUGUACGGAUACCGAAUCGUGUGACCUAAACAUAUAGUGGGCGUUGGGAAUUGAUGGGACUCAGAAACACCCCCACAAUUUAAUCAAUUCUUCCUUGUAUCAUUUCAGAUAGAUCAGUCCCGAUAAGGCUGGAGCGGUCGAUUUGUAGUAGGAUCGCAAUCAUGUGAUCAUGUGAUAGUGUUCACUUGUUGUCAUAGUUACAGUGAUGACUAUCUCGCAAUGAUACAGAAAUCUUUAACAAAUCCAUGGAUCCAGACUAUAAGCCUCAUUGCUGCCAAAAUCUAAUCACUUGGUCCUUGUGUCAUUUCUGACCUUCACUGAAAAUUUCAUCCAAAUCUGUCGGUCUGUUUUUGAGUAAUGUUGCUAACAGACAGACAGACAAACGUACACCGAUCAGCACAUAACUCUGCCAUUCCUUGACGGAGUAAUAAAUAAAAUGAUCUCAGAAAGUAUUUGAUAUGUGAGUCUAAAAUUUCCCAAAUAUCUUUCUGAAUAUGCACAUAAUUUGUUUCUAAAAAGUUUCAGGUGAAUGAAACAUGAUUGAGCGGGAAAUUGUUCUAAAAAUUGAAUGAUUUGAGAUGAAAACUUGAAAAAUCUUGAAUUCUGACAAGUGAGCAAAUUACAUUUAAACUUAACUGAAAUAGGAAUCUAAAACUCUGCAAUGUGAAAUAAAACAAAAGUUAUAGCUGCAGUUUAAAAAUGUGCAAUGAGAGAGUGAGGGUCUUUAUCUCUUUGCCUCUAUCUGUCCAAUGACUGGAAAACCGAAUAAUCAGAAAUGAUUUGACCAAAACACAGACAAAUGAUACGAAACUAAAACUGUAACUGCAGAGUAACAGCAUCUAACAGCCGGUCAGGGAGAAACACUGAAAUGUCAGAUUUAGAAGAGUGAACUGUGAACCAGUGCUGGCCUGCUGCCCAGUGAACACAGGAGCUGAAGUGAUGUGUCAUGUCUGUGGAAUCUCCCACAGUGGCGUCUGCAUGUUGUUUAUCCCACACUGAGGAUGAUGGGUCAGAGUCUCCUGAUCCUAAAAGUGUCUCUGUGUGACAAUGAAGCUGCAGGGAAUGGAAGUGCCUGAUGUUGCAUAAAUGUAGUUGUUUCUGUUCUGUGGAGCGUUUAGGGCUAACGUCUCUCACUGUCCCUGCUCAUUCAGUUUCUGUGUGUCCGGAUGCUUCGUCCUCCGCUGACAUUGUUUAGACUUGAAACACGAGGAGAUGUUGAAGGAGAGGACAGGACAGCAGGGGGAAACGUAUUUUUUAACCCUUAUUUUUCUACAUUGACCUGAAUGUAUAUUUAUUCUUUAAAGAUACCUGUGUAUUUGUCACACAGAUGACUGAGCAGGAUAGUUUUCUACAGGUUGUGAUGACCACUGAGCUGAUGCCAUAUUUAAAGGACAUGACAAAACAAGCAGCCUGGAUUUGACGUUGCCUAAUGUGGUCGCUUGUGCUGCUUUCAUCCACCACUGAGUGAAGAACCUUUAUUGCACUUUAUUGUGAUGUAACCCUGCACAUUACCUGCGCCAGUCUAUGAAGUGUCAUUGUGUAUAGAAUAUUUCUAUGGUAAUACUAAAAUAAAUGUUGCUCGUGUUUAAUAUCA